GGGCAGGGCCGGGCGGGCAGCAGGCAGCCGAGCCGGGACCCAGCGCAGGAGCCCGUGCGAGGACUCCGAGGCCGCAGCCCCGCCUCCUCCCCGCCCCGCGCCGGUCGCCUGCGGGUCGCGCCCGGAGCUCGGAGAGGCGCCGGGCAAGGCCUCGCCGGAGCCGCAGCUGCAGCCGGAAACCAGCCCCAGGGUGAAGCCCCGUCCCGGCCGAGCCCGGAGCCGGGUCCCAGCCCCGCGCGGCUCAUGGCGGGGCCGCGGGGCGCGCUGCUGGCCUGGUGCCGCCGCCAGUGCGAGGGCUACCGCGGCGUGGACAUCCGCGACCUGAGCAGCUCCUUCCGGGACGGCCUGGCCUUCUGCGCCAUCCUGCACCGGCACCGGCCCGACCUGCUAGAUUUUGAUUCACUUUCCAAGGACAAUGUCUUCGAGAAUAACCGUUUGGCCUUCGAGGUGGCUGAGAAGGAGCUGGGGAUCCCUGCUCUCCUGGACCCCAGUGACAUGGUCUCCAUGCGUGUCCCCGACUGCCUCAGCAUCAUGACCUACGUGUCCCAGUAUUACAACCACUUCGCCAGCCCCGGCCAAGCCGGUGUCUCACCACCCAGAAAGGGCCUGGCACCCUCCUCCCCCGCAUCCGAAGCAGCUGCUUCAGUGGAACCAGGAGACAGGGCUCAGGAUGAGGAGCGCUCCUCGGGCAGCCUGGCGGAGCAGGGUGCCCACCGGGCCCCCAGCAGCAUCUGCGCAGCCUGCCAGCAGCACGUGCACUUGGUGCAGCGUUACCUGGCCGACGGCAAGCUGUACCACCGGCACUGCUUCCGGUGUCACCGGUGUUCCAGCACCCUGCUCCCUGGAUCUUAUCAAGAUGGGCCGGAGGAGGGCACCUUUGUGUGUGCAGAGCACUGCGCCAGGCUGGGCCCCGGUGGGCGGUCGGGGGCCAGGCCCGGACCCCCCCCACAGCCAAAGCAGCAGCAACUUGCAGGAGAAGCCAAGGAUGUGGAGGCAGUCGGCCCCAGCCCUAAAGCGGCUGCAGGGGCUGCAGAGGCUGAGGCGGACAUGCCCAAGGCCAGCCCCGAGGCCCGGCCCCAGAUCCCCACCAAGCCCAGGGUUCCUGGCAAACCACAGGAGCUGGCCAGCCCCCCGGCCAGCCGGCCCACACCCGCCCCCAGGAGGGCCUCGGAGAGCACAGCCCCGACGCCCCCCACGCCCCGGCCCCGCUCCAGUCUGCAGCAGGAGAACUUGGCGGAGCCGGGAGGCAGCAGCGUCCUGGUGAACGGGAAGCUGCACGAACCCCCUGUCCCCAAGCCCAGAGGGACACCCAAGCUGUCAGAGAGGACGCCACCCCCCAGGAAGGACCCCCCAUGGAUCACACUGGUGCAGGCAGAGCCAAAGAAGAAGCCAGCCCCCCUCCCCCCAAGCAGUAGCCCUGGGCCGCCACCGCCACCGCAGCCGCAGGGCCAGGACAGCAGGCAGGUGGAGAACGGAGGUGUGGCCGAGGUGGCCCCACGGGACCUGGAGGUGGCCACCCCGGAGUCCAAGCCCUAUAAUCCCUUUGAAGAUGAGGAGGAAGAGCCCCCAGCUGCCACCGGCCCUGCCCUGGCUCACCCGGAGUCCACAGCCAAGUCCCUGCACCCCUGGUAUGGCAUCACCCCCACCAGCAGCCCCAAGACAAAGAAGCGCCCUGCCCCCCGAGCACCCAGCGCGUCCCCCCUUGCUCUCCACGCCUCCCGCCUGUCACACUCGGAGCCACCCUCGGCCACCCCGUCGCCAGCCCUCAGCGUAGAGAGCCUGGCGUCUGAGAGCUCCAGCCAGCCACCCAGCGCAGAGCUUCUGGAGCCGCCAGUCGUGCCCAAGAGCUGCUCAGAGCCUGCUGUCCACGCCCCUGGCACCCCGGGGACCUCAGCCAGCCUCUCCGCCAACUCCUCCUUGUCGUCCUCCGGGGAAUUGGCGCAGCCCAGCGUGGACCGGACGCCUCAAGCCAGCCCUGGUCUUGCCCCCAGUGCUAGGGGCAGCCCAGGUCCCCCGCCAGCCAAGCCCUGCAGUGGCGCUGCCCCCACCCCUCUCUUGCUGGUUGAAGACAAGAGCCCUGCGCCGUCCCCCGGCACCUCGUCCCCACAGCUCCAGGUAAAGUCUUCCUGCAAGGAGAAUCCCUUUAACCGGAAGCCGUCCCCCACAGCGUCCCCAACCAUAAAGAAGGCCACCAAGGGCUCCAAGCCAGCGAGACCGCCUGCCCCAGGACACGGCUUUCCUCUCAUCAAACGCAAGGUCCAGGCUGACCAGUACAUCCCCGAGGAGGACAUCCACGGAGAGGUGGACACCAUCGAGCGCCAGCUGGAUGCCCUGGAACACCGCGGGGUCCUGCUGGAGGAGAAGCUGCGUGGCGGAGCGAAUGAGGGCCGCGAGGAUGACAUGCUGGUGGACUGGUUCAGGCUCAUCCACGAGAAGCACCUGCUGGUCCGGCGGGAGUCCGAGCUCAUCUACGUCUUCAAGCAGCAGAACCUGGAGCAGCGCCAGGCCGACGUGGAGUAUGAGCUCCGGUGUCUUCUCAACAAGCCAGAAAAGGACUGGACCGAGGAGGACCGGGGCCGAGAGAAGGUGCUGAUGCAGGAGCUCGUCACCCUCAUCGAGCAACGCAACGCCAUCGUCAACUGCCUGGACGAGGACCGGCAGAGGGAGGAAGAGGAAGAUAAGAUGCUGGAAGCCAUGAUCAAGAGGAAAGAGUUCCAGAAGGAGGCCGAAUCUGAGGGCAAGAAGAAGGGCAAGUUCAAGACCAUGAAGGUGCUGAAGCUGCUAGGGAACAAGCGUGACCCCAAGAGCAAGUCCUCUGCGGACAAGAGCUGACGGCACGGAUGCCAGCUGGGAAUUGCACCCUCCCGGCUCAGCCCGGGCUCUGCUCUGCCGGGGGCGCCUCGCUUCCCUUCAGGUCCUGCUGAGAGGAAAGAGGACUUCAGGGGAGGGAGCCCCUGGCCGGUGGCCUCUCCCUCCUCAGGGUCCUCUGGCUGGCCUGGGCCAGAGAGUUUUCUUCCCUCUCCUCUGAGCCGCCGGCAGUUGUGCCUCAGCCCUGCCCAGCUUGGUUCUGAGGAUGCCAGAUGCUGCGACUAAGCCAGGAGCCAGCAGGGUCUCAGCCAGGGGAGCCGCAGCGGCAGCCCCACACACCCGCCUCCGCCGUGCUGGGCGGCUCCCUGGUCCCUCUUCCCCUCUGUACCACGUCCAGAGGGGCGUCUUCCCCAUCAGAGGCUUUGGGGCCUUCUGCCCACGAAGUCUGCCCAUGGUUGGCCUUGGGCCGGGUCUCCUGCCCUCAUGGCUGGUGAGCCGGGCUCCUUCCCGCCCCAGUCCCGGUUGAGUCCCCGCCUUCCCUUUAGCGCGGGUGGCUCUGACCAUGCUUCUCCUCACUCAGGAGCUCUAUUUAUGAAACGUCUCUCUCUUUCUCUUUUUUAAGAGCCGCAUCUGAGGCAUAUGGAAGUUCCCAGGCCAGGGGUGGAAUCGGAGCUG